UAAGAAAGAGGUCACAAUAAGAAAACCGUUAAGAAGAAAGAAAAAAAAGAAGAUUGAAAAUGGAAUAUCAAAAUACCUUCUUAAGUGGAGAGUUUUCCCCGGAGAACUCUUCUUCAAGCUCAUGGAGCUCACAAGAAUCAUUCUUUUGGGAAGAGAGUUUCUUAAAUCAAUCAUUUGAUCAAUCCUUCCUUUUAUCUAGCCCUACUCACUACUCUGAUGACUUCUUUGCAUUUGAAUCAUCAAUCAUCAAAGAAGAAGAAGAAGCCACCGUGGCGGCCGAGGAGGAGGAGAAGUCAUACAGAGGAGUGAGGAAACGGCCAUGGGGGAAGUAUGCGGCCGAGAUAAGAGAUUCAACGAGGAAAGGGAUAAGAGUGUGGCUAGGGACAUUCGACACCGCGGAGGAAGCGGCUCUCGCUUAUGAUCAGGCGGCUUUCGCUUUGAAAGGCAGCCUCGCAGUACUCAAUUUCCCCGUGGAUGUCGUUGAAGAGUCUCUCCGGAAGAUGGAGAAUGUGAAUCUCAAUGAUGGAGAGUCUCCGGUGAUAGCCUUGAAGAGAAAACACUCCAUGAGAAACCGUCCUAGAGGAAAGAAGAAAUCUUCUUCUUCUUCGACGUUGACAUCUUCUCCUUCUUCUUCCUCCUACUCGUCCUCUUCUUCUUUGUCGUCAAGAAGUAGAAAACAGAGUGUUGUUAUGACGCAAGAAAGUAAUACAACACUUGUGGUUCUUGAGGAUUUAGGUGCUGAAUACUUAGAAGAGCUUAUGAGAUCAUGUUCAUGAUCAUCUCUACUUCUACAAUUUUUUUGUAAUUUAAGUGAGCUCUGUUUUUUUUUUUUUUUAGUCCGUUGAAAAGUUUUGGAAGAGAUGUGAUGACGAUGUUGGAAGUGUAUAGAUGUCAACUAUUGCGUUAAUGUUGGAAAGCAUAUGUAUUAUGUUAUAAGUGUCUUUCUUUAUCUUGGUGCUUAAUUUCUUUAAUAUU